AUGUCGGAUUAUCUUGAGUCGGAGGCCUCUGUGUCUUCGGAUGAGGAGGGGCCUCCAAAGUCUAAAAGGCCCAGAAAUGAAGAUUCGAUUUCGUCCGAAGACAGCGAAGAAGAAGAGGAACUUCUAGAUGAAGAGGAGAUAUGCAGAAAAGAGGGUCAGGGAUGGAUAGUGAACGAUGAUGAAGACGAUGGUGGCGAGGGAUCUGAUGAUGGAAGUAAUGCUAGCGAAAAGUCCGCUAGAGAUGAUGCGGUGGAUGAUGAGGAUGAUGUAUUGGAUGAUGAUGACUAUCUCCUCAUAAGAGAGAACGUUGGCAUUAACGUACAGCGCAAGAAACGGCGUCUCGUCCUCGAUGACGAAGAUGAAGCUGAUGUAGACGUGUCAAAGGCAUCGAAGGAGGCUCGAAGUCGUGAGGCAAUUGCGCGUCAGAUAUUUGAGGAUGAAGAUGAAGAAGUGGAGGGACAGGGUGGGGAUUCCAUUCGAGCUGCCCCAUUGUUUGCCUCUAAAUCCGAUGACGAGGGCGAGGAAUCGGAUGGAAUGGACGAUUUCAUUGUUGAUGAUGCCACAACAGAUGGUAGAGGAGCGAAACCUAAAAGACAAAUAGUGCACAAAGACCCAUCGCUUCAACAAGCUCAAAACAUCUUUGGUGUGGAUUUCGACUUCGAAGAAUUUGAGCAGUUCGGCGAACAGCUUAGUGAAGGUAGCGAGGAGUCGGAUUAUGAGGACGAAGAUAAUAAGGUUGGUGAACGACGCAAAAGAGGAAAAUGUGAGUUGAAAAUGGCUCCUCAAGGUCGGAUCUAUGAGCUUUUUGAUCCAACGGACCUAGCUCGGAAUUUUUACAGUCCGGAAGAUGAACAAAUCCGCUGUACUGAUGUUCCGGAACGCUUUCAACUGCGUACUGUUCCCGUUAAGAGACUUAAUCCACGAUCCAGGAGCUACAAAGAUGAUCUGGUCGAACUGGAGAAAGAGUCUGAGUGGAUUUACAAUGCUGCAUUCAGGGAAGGUCCCUCGAAGAAGCCACCAAACGUGACAAACAAUAUCUUUGAAGUUUUGAAACUCUUCAAGGAGUCGCUUUCGGAGGUCCCUUUCAUUGCUUUCUAUAGGAAGGAGUGCAUUAAGAAGGAGUUAAAUAUUAAUGAUCUGUGGUGCAUUUACGAGUACGAUGAAAAGUGGGAGAUUCUUCAGCAGCGUCGUAGAGGAUUAGUCCGACAACUAAAACGAAUGAGUAGAUAUUUGGAGGCCCGAGUCAAAGAGGCUGAUGAGAUCGAAGACAAUCGGGCGUUUGAAGGAUUGCACCGCCUGAUAGCUAUGGCGAAUAACGCAACAUCACUGGAGGAGGUGCAGGACGUUAGGCUAAAUUAUCUUCUCCACUACGCGGGUCAUACACAAGAUAUGGUGAUGUGGGAGGGGAAGGAAUUGAACACCACCAAGAUGGCAUCGCGCAAAGAAGACGAGAGUUCGGUUAAGCGCUCCGACGAAGGAGACGAAGAUGAAGACGGUGACGAGUAUGACCCGAGCUAUGGUAUGAAGAGCCUAUCUAUGGGGACGGAUAAGGUAACAGUAGAAGAGGACAAACAUCGGACCAUUGAGAUAGUACGUAAACGAGAGCCAGGUGCGGGUGUUCUUACAACCACCGUGGAUCCCAUGACAGGUCGUCGAAUUCGACAACGUCAGGUGCGUACAACCGUUGCAUAUGAAGUUGCUCAGCGAGCUGGCAUCUCGGGGUUGGCGGAGAAGUUUGGGCUCUCUGCAGAGCAAUUUGCUGACAAUGUUCGCGAUCAGUACCGACGUCAUGAGGUGAAUCAGUGCUCUAUGCUGCCUCUCGAAGCUGCUGCCGACUUUGUGUGCCCACAAUUUUCGGAUCCUAUCACUGUUUUGCGUGCGGCACGCUACAUGCUGGCGUUUGAGAUUUCUCGAGAGCCUGUCGUGCGCCAACUGGCUCGGAUGAAUCUAUCAACACAGGCUGUGCUUGACCUCAAACCCACAUCCAAGGGCAUGCGACUGAUUGACGAAUCUCAUCCUCUCUCUCAUGUCAAGUUUUUAAGGAACAAACCUACAACCGAGCUCAUGGGUGAUUUGACGUAUCUACACAUACAUAGUGCUGUCCGGGAUGGAUUGGUCACGGUGAAGGUGCACGUGCCAGAGUGUCAGCAGCGCGGCCUCUCGUUGUUGGAUGAUUUGGAGCACUAUUUUCAUCAGGACGAAUUCAGUGCAUUGGUGCAAGCUUGGAAUGAGCAGCGGUCUUUGGUGUUGAAGGAGGCGGUUGAGCAGUUCCUUCAGCCUCAUGUUUUCAAAGAGAUUCAGGAAAAACUUCUCGAUGCUAGCCAACAGGCUGUUGUGAAGUUGUGUGCGCAAAAGCUGUUCAAGUGCAUAAAGGUGGCGCCAUAUGUAAUGGAUGACCAUCGUUACGGAGCUAACAGUGGUGGUGGUGCUGUCGGGACGGCUGAUAAUGAGGGCGGUGGAAGUAGUCGUCAUCAUCACGGUAGUCGCUAUUUCUCUGACGGAGUUGAGUUGCGUUCCGCUAACACCGUCUGGCCCAAGCCUGCUCGGGUGCUGGCUUUCGCGUUAAAGGACGAUACUGAAGCUGUCAAAGCCAUGGUUACCGUUGUUCGGUUGGACGCCGAUGGGGAGGUCGUGGAUUUUCUUAAUCUCUCCGGCCUUCUGCACAGUACGCGCUCUCAACGGGAGGAAUUCAGGAAGCGGCAUGACGACGAUGUACGACGGUUGUCCCACUUCUUGACAAGGAGUGAACCACAAGCCAUUGUGAUCGGAUGUAACUCACGACGGUCGCUGGGUCUGCGAGACGAGGUGCAACGGCUGGUGGAGAACCUCACGGCAGAGUCUCGUCUCUCUUCGCGCCCAAAUAUUGAGUUAAUGGAUACCGAAUUGGCCGAGGUCUACGCGCGCUCUGAGGCAGCCACUGCUAUUCUGCCAUCUUCUUACUCGGUUCUGCUCAAGCAGGCCAUUUCUCUUGGUCGCAGACUUCAGGAUCCACUGGCUGAAUUUGCACAGCUUUUUAAUCCACCCGAUGCGGACAUCCUGGGUGUGCGUUGGCACAUCGCGCAGGACGAGGUGCCUCGUGAGAUGCUUCUCAGAGCCCUAGAAAUCGAGUUUAUCAACCGCACCAACGAGGUUGGUGUCGAUGUGAAUCGAUGCAUACUCCAUCCGCACACUGCCAAUUUACUGCAAUUUGUUGCAGGUCUGGGACCACGGAAGGCCUUUUACAUGAUUAAGUUGCUGAAACAAAACAAGGUGUUUCUGACAAACCGUGAACUGUUGGCCAAGGUUCUGCAGUUGGGACCUCAUGUGGCUAUAAAUUGCGCAGGCUUCAUCAAGGUCGACACGACGUCGGCACGAGAUCUACUGGGCAGUGAGGACAAUAUUGAGAUCCUGGACUCUACACGUGUGCAUCCGGAGAGCUACGAUCUCGCCCGUCAAAUGGCUGUUGACGCUCUGGAAUACGACGAUGGUGAUGACAAUGACCCGACUGGGGCAUUGGAAGAAAUUGUUCAGAGUCCGGCUCGUCUACGCGAAUUAGAUUUGGAUGCCUUUGCGGAAGAGUUGAAGCGCCAAGACCAUGGUGACAAACACAUCACUUUAUACGAUAUUCGAAAAGAGUUAAAUCAUCGUUAUCGCGAUUUGCGCGAUCCAUUUGAGCCACUUACGCCUGAGCAGAUUUUCAGUUUGGCUACCCACGAAACGCCUGAGACGUUGCACAAGGGUAGUCUCGUCGACUGUCAGGUUGUGUCCAUUGUCACUAAAAAGCCUCGACCAGAGCAGGUAGACCAGGCUAGUCCUACGAAGAAUGAAGUUACAGGUCUGUGGAAGUGUCCCUUUUGCAGGCGGGAUGAUUUUCGCCAACUCAACGACAUGUGGUCUCAUUUCGACAGUAGUGAUUGUCCCGGCCAACCCGUCGGUCUGCGGGUGCAACUGGAAAACGGUAUAUCAGGCUUCAUUCCACUCCGCUUUAUUGAUCAUCCUGUGGAGGAGACCCUUGAUAAUAUCAGCCCGGGUGCAAUUUUGCAGGCCAAAGUGUCGAAGAUUGACAUUACCAAAUUUAGUGUGGAAUUGACCCUUCGGUCGUCUGACAUUCAGAAUGAGCGGCAUAUAGGUUUGAGCCGACGUGAUGCCUUCUUCGACUACGCCGAAGAGGAGGCCGAACAACGUCGACAGGAGGAGGAGGAGGCCAAGGCAAAAGCCAGGGCCACUCGAACUUACCUAAAUCGGGUUAUUUUUCAUCCACACUUCAAGAACAUCACCUACAAUCAACUAAUCGCCAUGAAUCCUACUCUCGAAGUUGGCGCCAUUGUUAUUCGUCCAAGUCGUCAAGGCACUGAUCACCUGACUGUCUCACUUAAAGUCGAUGAUGGUAUCUUCAAGCACAUCGAUGUCAUCGAGAAAGACAAAUCACAGAGCUUUGGAUUGGGCAAGACUCUUCUUAUUGGCAAUGAGUCAUUUGAAGAUUUGGACGAAAUUGUGGCGCGCUACAUGGAACCGAUGGUGUCGCUCAUACGUGAGGUUUACGCCUACAAGUAUUAUUGCGACUCCCAGGGAGGUAAACGGGAAAUUUUGGUCGAGAAGUUACGGAACGAGAAGUGUGCAAGUCACAAUAAAAUCCCCUACUUCCUCUCAUCAACUGCCGAGCAUCCAGGAUACUUUAUAUUGGCAUACAUGCCCAACCAGACACCGCGUUUCGAGAUGUUCUCUGUGAAACCAGAAGGUCUGAGGUUUCGGCAGCACAUCUUCUCCUCGCUUGACCGCAUGAUUGGGUGGUUUAAGAACCACUAUAAUGAAAUCCGUCCACACUACGGCCAUCAUCGGAGCAGCGGUGACGAUCGUGGUGUUGGUGCUCUGGACGAUAUUGGCAACAGUCGGACCCCAAAAGUGGAUGAUUUCUUCAAUAUACCAAUACCCCACAGCAAUGCAGCUUUGAAACCCUUGUAG